AUGAUGAGCCACCGGAAAUCACGUAUUGCGUGGUGGAGCAAACGGGUACACUCACGCUUCAAGCGAUGACCCCGACGCUGCCGAUGCCUGCCGAGGAAGAGCUCAAUAAGAUGUUCCUGGAGCUCGUUGACGAGCUCGACCUAACACAGACUAACCGCCAGGCCGUCCUUGCUCUGCCUGCCAAUAAAAAGUGGCAGAUCUAUUGUUCACGCAAGGGCAACGGAACCCUUGAGAAUGGAGGUCUUAGGACGACUGAUCUUAGCGGCGAUCCCGAGGAUUACAUAAACCGCGUUAAGUCCAUAACCAGCGAUCCAAAUACCGAUGAAGCUGAAGAAGUUGCUAAUCAAAUGCGUCACGUUGAAGCUUUGAAAACUGCUCUGCGAACGCAACCACACAGUUUUGUCACAAGGUUUAUCGAAUUAGAUGGCUUAAAUUCACUUCUUCGAGUGUUGGAAACCAUGGAUGUCGAGACAGCAAAUAGUAAUCUUCACACAAGCCUUAUUGGCUGUUUAAAGGCACUAAUGAACAAUUCUAAUGGCAGAGCUCAUGUCCUGGCCCAUCCUACAGCUAUCAAUACGAUAUCUCAGUCGCUAGCAACUGAAAAUAUCAAGACAAAGAUCGCUGUACUGGAAAUUCUCGGCGCCGUGUGCCUUGUCCCUGGUGGGCAUCGUAAGGUCCUCGAAGCAAUGCUCUACUUCCAGCAAUACUAUUCGGAGCGAACGCGCUUUCAAUCAAUUAUCAAUGAUUUGGAUAAAAAUUUCGGCAUCUAUAAGGACAAUCUGUCCCUCAAAACUGCAAUCAUGUCUUUUAUUAACGCGGUAUUAAAUUAUGGCCCUGGUCAGGUGACGCUAGAGUUUAGGCUGCACCUAAGGUACGAGUUAUUGAUGCUGGGAAUUCAGCCAAUUAUCGAAAAAUUGAGAAAGUACGAGAACGAAACAUUGGAUCGACAUCUGGAUUUUUUCGAUAUGGUGAGAAACGAGGACGAGAAGGAGCUUGCGAGAAAAUUUGAAAAGGAACAUGUAGACACGAAAAGUGCAACAGCCAUGUUUGAUCUAUUAAGGCGAAAGCUCAGCCAUACCGCAGCAUAUCCACACCUAUUAAGUUUGCUUGAGCACUGCAUGUUAUUACCAUGUAAGUAUGCUCUUAUUUUACACAGUGUACGUUAAGUGUAUUAAUUACA